ACACGUGUUUUGAUUUCAGCUGUCGGCGUACGCUAGCAAAAUCGCUUCGAAGAUAAAUUGAUAUUAACUAUAAAUAAUGUCAGUUUUGUAUAGUACAAACCAAGUAGAUUAUUUUCGUUGUUGUUUAAUUCAUAAAACGUAAAGGGCUUGGCCACAAUCGACAGCUUAACACCAGUUGCUGAUUGGUCAAACUUGUCACACGUCAAUUGCGCAUUAUUAGGAAAUACCUUGAAAAUUAAAAACGAUACGCAAUGUCUGUGUAUAGUAGCAAAACGGUUAAUACGUCCAUAUUGAAGGCCUUCUCCAAUGCGGACAGAGAGCGCGUGAAGACAGCAGCCAUAAACAAGGUGCGCUUCGUAACGCCCAAGGAGAAGGGCAUCGUCGAAUCGGUGCGAGUCGCUUUGGAGGAAAAAAAUUUCCAUCUUGUGCAGGAGUUCACAUACUUUCUGUGCGAGGCGGAACUCAGCGAUGAGGAAGUCAUUGAGAUUAUGAAGGAUGCGCGGCAAAUCGUGCACAGCCUGACAACGGACUUUGCCAAUUUAGUGGAGGCACUGCUCUCGCUUAAUUGGAAGAAACGUAGCUGGGAUGCGAUUCAGGCGUACACUGAAUUCAGCGUAGAUGUUAUGAUUGGUCAUAAUUUUUAUAUUAACAUUGGCAUUACGAAGCUAAUCCUUAAUUGGAUACCCAACGAUCAGGAGUCGGCGGAGUGGAUUAACGGCUCGCCAUCAGACCGUGUGCGUGCUGAUCUGGAAAUUGUACACAGUCUGCUCAAUCGGAUUCUCACAGCUGUGCCCAUGUCAUUCGAUGUCAUCAACGACACGAUUGCAGCCAAGUUUCCCUACUUUAAGAAGCCAGCCCACGUCAUCGCCGGCUAUUUGCACAAUGUGCUCUGGCUGAUGGAGUCGAAGCCGGUGUUUGAGGAGAUGCUGCUGCAGCUGGUACUGCAAAAACUGCUCGUACUGGAUGUGAAUGCGCCACGCGAGGAAAUCGAAGCUCUCAAGGAGGAAACAGAUGAUGAGGAUGAUAAGAUGGAUGAUGCCAUCUUUCAAAUGGAUGAUGUGAACACAUCACAGCAAAAGCAGCCGCAACCCCUAGAGCAUUCCAUUGCUCAAACGCUGGAUAUAUGUCUAUUGAAGCUUUUAAAGUUCCUGGACGAUAAAUGCCGUCCGCAGCCGGAUUGCAGCGAUGAUCAGCGCAUAGCGAAAAGUCGCUUCUUCAAGAUGCUCAUGUACAUAUUCGACGAGGUGCUGCUGCCCAGCCACAACACCCAUCACGUGCAGUUCGUCAUUUUUCAUGCGUGCAGCAUACGUCCCCUGUACACGGAAAUCUUUCUCAGUGGUCUCUGGAAGAAGGUGCAGAAUCCCAAUGUGUCUUCGGUCAAACGCCACGCAGCUGUUAGCUAUAUUGCCAGCUUUCUGGCACGUGCACGCUUUGCUCCCUUGAGCACUAUUACCUACUAUUUGAAGGAGUUGAGCAACUGGGCCAACACCUACAUUAAUGAUUCGGAUGAGUUUAGCAGCAAAAAUUGUUCACUCAAGGCAAACAUGGUAUUUUACUCCGUCUGCCAAGCCAUGUUUUAUUUAAUCGCAUUUCGUGCACGCGACUUGACCAUCCAUCCAAAGAAUCUAACUUUACUGAGCACACUGCAACUGUCCCGCUUGGCCAUGUGCCACUUUAAUCCGUUGCGCUAUUGCCUGCCGCCGGUGGCCACCGCAUUUGCUGGUGUUGCUCGGACGCACCAGUUGGCUUACUGCCACACUGUGCUGGAGCGCAAUGCACGACGCAAACUGGCCACCUUCUAUGGUCACGACAAGCUGAUGCCCGAGGAAAUACUUGAGACGUUCUUUCCCUUCGAUCCAUACAUUCUACCCCUAUCGAACAAAUUUAUAGAGCCCAAUUAUCUAGUCUACAAAGUGCAUGAGCUGGACGAAUCGGCAGAAUGUGCGGCGACGGAGGCAGUGCGUCGCAAGCGCGGCGAUUCCGAAAUGGUUGAGGAGGAUGAUUUCAUACUGGCGGACAAGCGACAGAAGCUAAGCGAACUGUCCAACAGUCAACAGUUUGACAAACAGUUCUACUAUGGCACAUCGCCGGGAUUUAAUCAAUGAGAUAUCUGUGCGAGGGGAGGGAUAGUUGUAAUAGUAGUAUUGAUACAUAUUUAUAAAAUAUAUAUAUAUAUAGAUCUCUA